AUGGCUACCGUGCUCGCUUUCCUCGCUACGCAACCACUGUCCCACUCGAAACUUAUCGUAUGGACGAACGGGGCCGACCGGGUCAAGCGGUCGGAACAUAUUAAAACGCUCCUGUCGCGCUGGGGAAACAAUAUCGAGGUGCGGCAGGUGGAUAUGCCGGCGUUGACAAGGGGGACGGAGCUGGAGGGGAUACUAGGCGGGAGUGGAGGAACUGGGCUGUUUGACGAGCGGGCAUGGGUCGAUGGGGAUGCGGUCAGGCUGUUGGUGCUGUGGCAGUUUGGAGGAGUGUGGAUGGACAUGGACCAGAUCUUGACGAGAGAUCUGCAUCCUUUGGCGGAGAGCGAAUUCGUCAUGCAGUGGGACUGCUUUGGCGAGUCUUCGCCUUUCCACGAUUAUCAUCCUGACCAACCAUUCUUCAUCCUAAACGGAGCGCUGAUGCACUUCCGACGACACUCGUCCUACCUGUGCGAAGCCUUCCACAUCAUGGCGUCCUCCCCCCUCCCCCGCCCCAACUCCUUCACAUGGGGCUCACACCUCUACUCGAGGCUACACCGCCGCCUCCUCGCUGCGCGCAUCACACCCUUCACCGUCCUUCCCUGGUGCUUCGCCGACCCCCGGAACUGCGACCACGAAGUCGCCUUCCCGGAUCCGUUCGAGGCGGAUCCCGCAGCGUGGGGCGGGCGCGCAUGGGACGGGAAGGGCGAAAUCGGGAAGAGCGGGAAAGAGAUGCUCGAGGAGAGAUUGGGACAUGUGUGGACGGUCCAUCUGCACAAUCAGUGGGGCAAGGCGUUUCCCCCGGGCGGCUGGGUCGAGGGGAUGUUGGAUCGGUAUAGAAGGAAAGUGGGGUUGUUGACGGGUGGAGCGGGCGGUUCGGGCGGGUUUGAGCCGGAUGGAGGGGAGCCAGUGCAGGAUGCGUCGGGUAGGAAGAGGGUGGAAGAGGAGGAAGAGGGGGAGGUUGUAUUGGAGGAAGAGGAAGGAGUAAUAUAG